AUGUCUUGCCAGUUUGAGGUGCUCGAGACAGGUAAAGUGUAUUAUUUCAAUCAAUUAACGAAAGAAAGUGUAUGGGAAAAGCCAUCAAUAGGUAAAAAUUCUAGUAAACAACAGCAAGGUACAACGGACAAAGUACGAGUUUUACACAUUUUGAUUAAACAUAAAGGCUCAAGAAAUCCAACAAAUUAUAAAAAAGAAACAAUCACUCGAUCGAAAGAAGAAGCACGUAAACAACUUGAACGUAAGCACUUAUAUUUUGAUAAAUUUUCGUUCUAUAUAGGAUGUUUUGUGUAUAUAGGUAUAAUAGAAGAAAUUCAAGAAUCAGAUGAUAUUGAAAAAACAUUUCGUCGAAUAGCAUUAGAGAAGAGUGAUUGUUCAAGUGGAGCAAGAGAAGGUGAUUUAAAUUAUUUUGGUCGAAAACAAAUGCAACAAAGUUUUGAAGAAGCUUCGUUUGCGUUGGCUGUGAAUGAAAUGAGCGACAUUGUUGAUUCAGACUCAGGUUUACAUAUUAUUUAUAGAAUCGCUUAA